CCGCCGACCGUCUGCACGCCUCGCUCCGUCUGCCAUGGCUGGCUGAGGAAGCCUCCGGCUCGCCGCGGCGCGCGGGGAGGGACGGGAGGGGAGCGGCGGCCGGGCGUGCGGCCGAGGGAGGGGCGGCGGCGCGAGCUGCGGCGGCGGCGGUUCCAGCAUGAAGAGGAGAACUGGCCUGGGGGGCAGCAUGAGGUCAGUGGUGGGCUUCUUGUCCCAGCGGGGCUUGCAUGGGGACCCCCUGCUCACUCAGGACUUUCAGAGGAGACGCCUGCGGGGCUGCAGAAACCUCUACAAGAAGGACCUUCUCGGCCACUUCGGCUGUGUCAAUGCCAUUGAAUUCUCCAACAAUGGAGGCCAGUGGCUGGUCUCAGGAGGAGAUGACCGCCGAGUUCUGCUAUGGCACAUGGAACAAGCUAUCCAUUCCAGGGUUAAACCCAUACAGCUGAAAGGCGAGCACCAUUCCAACAUUUUCUGCUUGGCUUUCAACAGUGGAAACACCAAAGUCUUCUCUGGAGGAAAUGAUGAGCAAGUUAUCCUCCAUGAUGUUGAAAGCAGUGAGACCCUGGAUGUGUUUGCUCAUGAAGAUGCAGUAUAUGGCUUGUCAGUGAGCCCAGUGAAUGACAACAUUUUUGCCAGUUCUUCAGACGAUGGCCGGGUUCUCAUUUGGGACAUCCGGGAGUCUCCCCAUGGAGAGCCCUUCUGCCUGGCAAACUACCCAUCAGCCUUUCACAGUGUCAUGUUUAACCCUGUGGAGCCCCGGUUAUUGGCCACAGCCAAUUCAAAGGAAGGAGUGGGACUGUGGGACAUUAGAAAGCCUCAAAGUUCUCUCCUGCGCUAUGGUGGCAACCUGUCUCUCCAAAGUGCCAUGAGUGUUCGAUUCAACAGCAAUGGCACCCAACUCCUGGCCCUGCGGCGCCGCCUGCCCCCUGUCCUCUAUGACAUCCACUCCCGCCUGCCAGUGUUCCAGUUUGACAAUCAGGGUUACUUCAACUCAUGCACUAUGAAGAGCUGCUGUUUUGCAGGGGAUCGUGACCAGUACAUCCUUUCAGGCUCUGAUGACUUUAACCUAUACAUGUGGAAGAUCCCUGCAGACCCAGAAGCAGGUGGCAUUGGCAGGGUGGUCAAUGGAGCCUUCAUGGUGCUGAAAGGGCAUCGGUCCAUUGUUAACCAGGUUCGCUUUAACCCCCACACCUACAUGAUCUGCUCUUCUGGUGUAGAAAAGAUUAUCAAGAUCUGGAGCCCGUACAAGCAGCCAGGAUGCACAGGAGACCUCGAUGGUCGGAUUGAAGAUGAUUCCCGCUGCCUCUACACCCAUGAAGAGUACAUCAGCCUUGUAUUGAACAGUGGGAGUGGCCUGUCCCACGACUACGCUAACCAGUCAGUCCAGGAAGACCCCCGGAUGAUGGCUUUCUUUGACUCUUUGGUGCGGCGAGAGAUCGAGGGCUGGAGCUCUGACUCAGACAGUGACCUGAGCGAGAGCACUAUCCUUCAGCUGCAUGCGGGAGUCAGUGAGCGCUCCGGCUACACUGACUCUGAAUCCUCAGCCUCACUGCCCCACUCCCCACCUCCAACGAUAGAUGAGUCUGCCGACAACGCCUUCCACCUGGGGCCCCUGCGUGUCACCACCACAAGUGCAGUAGGGUCAACCCCAGCAACACCAACGUGUGAGGAUGCAGCCUCUCGACAGCAGCGCCUGUCUGCUCUGCGUCGCUAUCAGGACAAGCGCCUCCUGGCCCUGUCCAACGAGUCUGAUUCUGAAGAGAACGCCUGUGAGGCUGAACUGGACACAGACCUCUUCCCUCGGCCACGGUCGCCCAGCCCUGAGGAUGGAUCCAGCAGUUCCAGCAGCUCCAGCAGUUCGGAGGAUGAAGAGGAACUGAACCAACGCCGAGCCACCACCCGACAGCGAAAUGCAAUGCGGAGGCGACAGAAGACAUCCCGGGAAGAGCGGCCCAACGCUCCAGUCAAGCCCACAAACACCUACAUUGGAGAGGACAAUUACGACUACCCCCAGAUCAAGGUGGAUGACCUCUCCUCCUCCCCAGACUCUUCCCCCGAGCGGAGUGCUUCCACACUGGAUAUUCAGCCAAGCCGGGCGCCACCAGCUGCCAACAUGGAAUCAGUUGAGCGAAAGAUUUAUAAAGCUUACAAAUGGCUCCGCUACUCCUAUAUCUCUUACUCGAAUAACAAAGAUGGAGAAACCUCCUUAGUGACAGAGGAGGCAGAUGAAGGAAGAGCAGGAACCAGCCACAAAGACAACCCAACUCCUUCUUCCAGUAAGGAAGCCUGUCUAAUGGAUACAACUCAGAGGAACCAGGAACUGCUCUCGGAAGGCUGCAGCAAAGAUGCCUGUAAAGAAGGGACUUCCACUAGAAACCCCAGCAGUGGCGCCAGCCAAGAGCACGGCAACCAUCCUUGGACAGAGGUGCCAGAGGGCACCUCUCAGGACACUAACAACAGUGGGCCUCUAGAACACGCUUUUGAAACCAGGAAGCUUAAUGGAAAGGCCCUGAGCAGUCGGGCUGAGGAGCCACCCUCUCCUCCAGUCCCCAAGGCAUCUGGCUCCACUCUCAACAGUGUGUCUGGCAACUGUCCCAGGACCCAGUCUGAUGACAGUGAGGAGAGGAGCCUUGAAACCCUCUGUGCCAACCACAACAAUGGACGCUUGCACCCCCGACCCCUUCAUCCCCACAACAAUGGGCAGAACUCUGGGGAGCUGGAGACAGGAGCCUACUCUUCCCCAGGACACUCAGACACUGACCAUGACAACCCAUCCCUGACAGGAACACUUCUACACAAAGAUUGUUGUGGGGCUGAAAUGACCUGUGAGACCCCAAGUGCUGGAAUGAGAGAGGACCCCACUGACCCCUCAGCCAUGGACAGCAACAAGGUUGUUCAUGGCCACAGUGCCCUCAAAAGGCACCGAAUUGAAUUGGAAGACACAGAUUCAGAGAAUUCCUCCUCAGAGAAGAAAUUUAAAACAUGAUAAAUACAAAGGGAAAACAAAAAGCUACAAAAAGUAGCCUUACAAAAUAGUUUUUCUUGUUUAGUGAACACAGAGGAAAGGAAAAAGUAUUAAAGGCACAUAAACCGGGGGCCUGAACCGUGUCUGCUGCUGCUCCCUUCUGUUCAUCACUCACCAGUGGGUCAGAAUGUCUUCCUGGCAACUGCCUCGUGCUCUGCUGAGAGGGGGAGACUCCUAAUGGCCCUUCUCUAGUGAGGUGUGAGCAUAGCAGUCCUGUGCAGGUUCUGUGACAACGGGCCCUUCUUGGGACAUUUGGCUUGUUUGUGUGUGUGUGUGUGUGUGUGUGUGUGUGUGUGUGUGUGUGUGCCCACUGCACAUGUGGGCUUGUUGUCUAGGAUACCUUUUAGCUGUCCAUCAGCAAAGACGUGUGGGUCUGUAGCUUUUGCCAUCUCACCUGUUCACUGUUCACAUGACAUGGUGUCCUGGUCCUAACGAAGAGUGUCUCUUAGGUCAGAUUGUGCUGCAAUGAGUUGUAGAUUUAUGCUAGCAGAAAGGAGGGCCGAAUGGAAAGAGGCCUGCUUUCAGUUAAUUGGUUGUGCUGAGGAGGAAAACAUGGCUCCUUUCUUAAAUGCUCCAUGUUUUCUCCAAUUAACACAUCACUGAGCAUUCACCGUGGCUCUGAGUAGAACAUUAUCCAUGCUAACGAGAGGUUGACGCUAGAGCUCAGAUCCUGAUGGUGUCGCUGUUUGCAGAAGGGGUAGAGCUACAUUCUGUGCUGUGAGGUGCCAUCCAAUGACUAGUGGACAACACACUUUAACCACCUAGGUGCUGGGUUCCUAAGAGGCACUCAAGGCCGGCAGGUGCUUCCUUGGCUCCAGAUAAUGGAGUCAAGGCAUACUGAAAGAAGCAAGGACCGCUUGGGAGACCUUUUCACUUUAAUAAAAUGGCUGGUGGAGGAAAGCUAAUGAGUUGUAGUGCAGAGCAGACCAGGUGGUACUUACUUUACUCCAGCGCUAAUCCGUCCACCAUUGGGUCUGGCACCUUCCCUCAGGCUUGGAGUUGUCAGAGGCUGUGGGGUUCUACCUGAGCUUUGCAGAGUGGUAACACCUGUUAGGAGGCAGAGAGUAUGGAGAGACAAGUCUCCUGACUCCCGGAAGACAAUGUGUUCUGUUGAAGUAGAUAACAGUGGAGGGAAGAAAAUAUCAAAUCUCCAGUGUGUAAUGGUGAUUGUAGUCCCUGAAGGGUUGUGCAAGACUAGAAGACCUAAGGAUGCCCAGAAGUCUUGUUGGUAUAGGUGUUAAAAGCAGGAGGAAGAGAGAAUGGUGGAACUGUGGAUGUAAAGGUGCUAGACAGCUGGAGGCUGGCCGGAACUGGCAUAGGGAGGACUUAGCACAAGGCAGCUGUGUCCUCACUGACCCAGCAUCCCUUUCUGAGGAGGACCUGUCCUGUUGGAAUGGAGCCAAGAGAAGACCACCUGUGGAGGCUGAAGAAUGGAUGGCGGUCAGUUUUGGGAGCCAGGGCUCUUAUAAUAAAAGGAAGGUGGUUGGUAAGAGCCAGGAGGCCAUGUCAUCUUUCUGAGCUUUGCGGAAGGGAGAUGUGCCUAGUAUCUGUGUGAUGUAGCUGAGGUGUGGACGCACGGUUUGAGAAGGAGAGGAAGGUGCCUGAGUAGGGCGGGGAUGCAUAGUCAGCAGCUGGACUCUUCCUGGGGAGGGACAGUGAUUCUGUAACCAACGCUAGAAUUACUUUAGAUUUGUAAUCAAAAUGGUUCUAUGAUUUCUCUUUUGACUAUUCACAAAUAAUUGUAAAUUCUGGUUUUAUAAGCCCAAGUCAUUUUACAUUUGCUUUUCCAAAAUUAUUAAAUUGGAAUUUUUAAUUCUUUAUAUACAAAAAAAAGUUAUAACCACUCA